AUGAAGCUGAAUGUAGCAAACAAUCUCAUCAAACGUAUAAUGCAGCUCACAACUAGCACAUCCAUAGAAGAGCAGAAACACACCAUUUUCCAAAUCCUCCGUCAGAACAACUAUCCGUCAUCACUAAUUAAUCGUCUCAUCAACCGUCUCAACAACAACCAUCCAACACGCCCAGCAUCAAUGAAUGACCCGCCUAUCAUCAACAUCAAUCAAUCCUCAACACUUCCAUCGCUCUACAGUCACCAAGCAGCACCACCGCCAUCCCUUCCACCCAGUACACCGCAGCCUACAUCAUCACAACAAUCAGCAAUCUCAACAAUCUCCCAAUUCCAAAAUAGUCAUCGUGAAACCGAAUUCGUCACCUACAGAUCCAUUCCAAAUAUUCCUAUAUUAAGCCGGUCAGUAUCAGAAAUCCUGAAAAGAGAUUACGCAUCAGUUAAAAUAGCCACAAGAAACAUCAAAACUACAAAAACACUCCUGAAACCUGUAAAAGACCCAGUACCCCCACUAGAACAACACAAUGUCAUUUACAGCAUACCAUGUAGUGAUUGCGAGAAGGUUUACAUCGGUAUGACCACCAACCAACUCAAAAAACGAUUGAGUGGACAUAAAUCAAAUGUAAACAAACAUCUACAAACAACACCAAACGAUACACAAGCAAAAACCGCUCUGAUACAACACAUGAUGGAAUACCAGCACACAUUCUCCCUCGAUGGUACGAAAAUAGUCGAUCGCACAUUCAGACCGUCUGCUCUACCGAUGUUAGAAAUGUGUCAUAUACACAAUACACCUAACACGGUCAACUAUCGUACAGAUGUAGAUGGGUUAAACAGUACGUAUGCUGGUAUUUUACAUACUACUAAAAAACUCUCUCGCACUCAAAAAGUAAGAAGUAACACACAGAACAUCACAACAGCAGUCGACAUAAAUGAAUAGUCGACAAACAGAUUAAAAUCCACCACCAUCUUUGAAAUAGCCGUUUAGUAUCGUACAGUGUUGUAGUGUUUUUUCGUAUAUUAUCAUAAUUAAUGUUUUUUAAUGUGUAUAAUUGUGAGUCCAAUGUAAUAAUGUUUCGUAGUUCGCCCUAUAAUUAUUUAUGUUCAUUAGGUAGCAUACAAGAAGCCCAAAACAUGAAACGGGCAUUAAUUCGCGAACGAAAAACGGUUGACAAAGUAGGUCUAUGUUCAAUAUCUGUUUAAUGUUAUGUUACAUAAUUGUGCAAUGUGUUUUCCAGUAAUUUCCCUUGAAAAAGGCCAAAUACAUUCGGCCGAAAUGUCGGGUAAUUUCAAAAUCUAG